AUGGUUGCUGGUUUACGUACAGUUACAAUCCUGUUUCACUCAGAUGACAUAGAGGAAACAGAUAAUGUAGUCACUAAAGUUGUUGAAGCAACAAAUCGUCUUUUACUGAAAGAAGCUGAAAUACUUGCACAAACCAGUCGGGGAACAAAUACCGGGACAGCAUUCAAUCCUGAAAUUCCAAAUUUUCCAGCAUUUCAAGAAGAAAGAGAUGCAUUUGAUCAAGGCAAACCGAGUAUUAUAGCGAAGAAUAAAUUUAUACGAGUUGAAGCAACAAGUGAAUGCAAUGGUUUUGUUAUUGUAUUACUACAUAAAGAGUCUAUUCUGCUGAAAAGUCCUGAAGAAUUAAAACAGGAGACUGAACAACCAGGGAAACUUACUAAAGAUUCUAGAAGCAGAUCGAGGAUCAGGCGACGUAAGUGUAAUUAUCACAGUGUAGAGUUUUUCGAUUAUCUUUUUCCAUAUCAAUGUACUUAUUGUUCAUUCAGAACUGGUUAUUCUAGUUCCCCUCACAUCAAUGAUAAUUAUUCAAUGAAAAUAAAGUGA